CUCCUAGUGGACGCAAUGUGUAUUCGAGCUCACGAACAUUUCUGGGCUCAACAAGACAAUUUAACGGUACAGCCGCCGCGUCUAGACCAGCCCUUGGUACCGGGAAAAUUUGAUGCAGGAACGUCCCAGUGGCGGGGCAGGGUGUCCUCGUGGGAGAACAGAGUCCAUGGGGAAAGAGAGACUCGCUUUCCCGUGUGACACAGCUAUCAAGUGGCAGAACCAGGACUGGACCUCGUCUUGCUUACUAAGGCCUUGUAUCCACCGUCCUCACUGAAAUAAACAUACCCAUCAAUAUGAUGAACUUCCCAACCUUCCAAGUUGUCCCACCUUGCACUGUUUUGGGAAUCAGAAAUGAGGAAUCAGACAGUGGAGGCCAGUGUGCCUGGGUCUGCACAGCACAGUUCAGCACAAGGAAGAAAGGUCCUGUGUCCUACAGUAUGCCUGAAUAUCUGACUGGACACUCAUCUGAGCCUGGAGCUUGUGUCCGCUUAAAUCACAGAAUGGCGUUUAAUGAUUGCUUUAGUUUGAACUAUCCUGGCAACCCUCAGCCAGGUGAUUUGAUUGAAGUGUUUCGUCCUGGCUAUCAACACUGGGCACUGUACUUGGGUGAUGGGUAUGUUAUCAACAUAGCACCUCUAGACGAUGGCAUUUCUGCAUCGUUUACAAGCGCCAAGUCUGUAUUCAGCAGAAAGGCCCUGGUGAAGAUGCAGCUUUUGAAGGAUGUUGUGGGAAAUGACACAUACAGAAUAAACAAUAAAUACGAUGGAACAUACCCACCACUCCCCGUGGAAGAAGUCAUGCAGCGGUCAGAGUUUGUUGCUGGACAGGAGGUGGAGUAUGACUUACUUGUCAACAACUGUGAGCAUUUUGUGACUUUGCUCCGCUAUGGAGAAGGAGUUUCAGAGCAGCAGGUUCUGAUGAAGAUGGUGUAGUGACAGCCUUAAGGACACACCUAAGCUUUGGAAUUCUGCUGAUCUGAGCUAGAGCCCCAUCUUCACCACUUCAUAGCUGGAUGACUUUGGACACAUUGUUUAUCAGUUUCCUAAUCUAUAAAGCGAGGUUGUUUUAUAGAUUGUAAGAGAUUUUUAAAGUCUCUUAGCAUACUCCGUUACAUAUUAUUCAUCCCAAUAAAAAGUGUACUUUCAUAGACUACUUUUAAUUUCAGUAUUUUAGCAAUUUUAUAGAUCUUUGUUGACACUCUUCAGUAAAAUUCUCUUGA